UGUAUGUUUAUGUGUGUGGGGCAGGUUGGCGAGAUCUCCGUCUUUCCCCGGUUUGUUUUUGUUCUCCAGCAAAGUGCGAGACAGUGAGCAGAGACCGGCUCAUCAAGUGGAGGAGUCGUUCCGUCUUCUUUGUUUCUCUACAAGACAGAUCGGUUUCUGGCUCAACAUUGCAACAUGGGCCCUGGUUAAUACUCUUUUGGAAAUAAAGACAAAAUUGAUAUUUUAGAGGAGCGCUGAUGCGGCUCUGGGGCGGUCGGCGGCCCGUUGCCGUGUCUGAAGCCAGGGGCUGAAUUUAGCCGCAGUCGCCGCUAACGGAGAUAGGACGCGCCGCCUCAACUCGUCGUGGCACUGACAAAGCAACUCUCCAUCUGAUUCUCUUCUGAGAGUACUCUCACUUCAAACGCCGCCAAGAUAGCUGGACCGGGCAGGAAACGUCACAAUUCAGAUCCAGACCCCUGUGGAAGCAGCUCCGGAAGUGGGAGCGAGGUGGGUGACGGCCGACCGGUUAGUGGCAAGUGGCUGAAGAUGGCCAGCAGCAGUACAGGACCCAGCUAAUCGGGCCGUAGACGUGGUCAGAGAGGAACAGAUGACACGGCCGGUACCAGCAAGAAGCAAAAGGAGAGAGCUAACCAAGAGAGCAAGGAAGCCAAGAGGACCGUCUCAGCUACCAAAACGGGGAAUAGGAAAGAUUUGUUGCUGGACUGGAAGCAGAGUGCAUACGAGGUGAUCGUCAGACUAAACUGUGGAGAUUCAGGGGUGCUGAGAGCAGAAGAUAUCGACUCUGCCUUCUCCGAUACAUCCUGCCACAUCCGCCUGCCGGAUGGUCGGGAAUGGAGCUGUCGUCUUUAUGAGGAAAUUGAGGCCUCCUGCACUAAAUUGCUCUAUAAGGAGAAAGCAAAUGUUCUGCAGCUUGUCAUGCACAAGAAGAUCCCCCUCAACACCUGGCCCGCCCUCGCCAGCAAGAAAGAAACCGAGCCAGUGAACCUCCUUCGAGAGAAUGGCAGCAACCAGCACCAGUCGACCACGGGGUGGUCAGAAAAAUCUGCCGAAACGAUUGAAACGGAGAGAGCGCCUGCUGUGACCUCUGCUGAGCAGAAACGUGGUAAACCUGACCGAGGGUUAAAGCGAGGGAUGAAGGGAAAACAGACGGAGAACCCUGAGAGCGCAGGUGUGAAAGCAGCUGAGCCUAAAGCGAGCGAUAAAGUGGACCCUGUCAGUGAGCCUAGUGCUAAGCGCACCACACGCCCCUCCAAAAACACGACCCCGGUAGCCCCCUGUGUGACAAAACCGGCAGUUAAUGGAAAGACACAGGCAUCAGCUAAUAGCGGUGAUGCCGCUUUAUCUAAUAAUGCGAAGGACAAUAGGGCUCAGCCCCAGGGCAAAGGGCAAGGGAGUCAGACAUCACAGAAGGACAAGGAGCUAGAUAGGAAUCCAAAAAGCAAUGGUCAGGUUGAGCCAGUUGAGAGCAAAACGGUUUCCUCAUCAUGUGAGCUAAAGGUGUCACGUCAGGAGAGUUCCUCCCCUCCUGUAAGAACGCAAACUUCUGGUGACACAAGCGCUGGAAGAACAUCCUCAGAUGAGGCUGAAAACAUAGCCGAGGUGAAGAGGCCGCAGACGGAUGCCCAGAUUCCUGCAAAGCUUCCAUCUCAGAAUUCAGGAUAUGGAGAGCCUGUCUCUGCGACUGCUUCAAAAAGAGAAGAAUCGCCUCAGAAGAGCUGCGCAGAGGAGAAGAGAGACAUAUCAAAAGAAGAGCCACAUGGAGGAAACCAAGAGGAGGAUGCGGAAGGUCAGUUCAGAGGGUGUCCAUGUUUUUAUGUCACUUCACUACUGUUAGGAGUCAUGCCUAAUGUGUGUUCAGGUCCUGAGCCGAUGGUGAACUUGACGUUCGUGAAGAAUGACUCGUAUGAGAAAGGAACAGAUCUGAUGGUUGUGAACGUCUACAUGAAAGAAAUUUGCAGAGAGACGUCCAGGGUGCUGUUCAGGGAACAAGAUUUCACUCUUAUCUUCCAGACCAGUGAUCCCAAUUUUUUGCGCCUUCAUCCGGAUUGUGGACCAAACACUGUCUUUAAAUGGCAGGUUAAACUCAGGAAUCUAAUCCAGCCGGAUCUGUCCAGCUAUGCCUUCACCCCAUCCCGUAUCGACAUCACCCUGAAGAAGAGACACAGUCAGCGCUGGGGGGGUCUGGAGGCCCCUGCCACACAAGGUCUGCUGCCUGGAGUGGAUUCUAUCUUGCUUCUGAGCAAUCCUUUGCAAACAAACACAUGUGCAGUGGGGGGCGCCAAGGUUGCCGUGCCCUCCAGCCCUUCAUCACUUGAAAAGAGUCAACCAGGAAGCAGCCAACAUGCACUUCCUGCUAAAGAAGAACCUCGGGUAGGGGAAGAGAAGGCCAAACCCUCUCGAGCACCAGGGGACACGGGUCUGGAUGCUGUGGCCCCUCGCUCGGUCUCCGAACACAUGCCCCUAAAACAGGAACCAACUGUUACCACGCCUAAGCCCACCUGCAUGGUGCAGCCCAUGACUCACACUCCUGCAGGCAGUGAGAGAGAUGAAGAAGUGGAGGAGAAGAAGGUGUGUCUCCCCGGAUUCACUGGAUUGGUUAAUCUGGGAAACACAUGCUUUAUGAACAGUGUGAUUCAGUCUUUGUCAAACACACGGGAGCUCAGGGAUUAUUUUCACGAUCGAGGGUUUGAAUCUGAGAUUAACUGUAAUAACCCACUGGGCACAGGUGGUCGACUGGCCAUUGGUUUUGCUGUUCUGCUUCGAGCUCUGUGGAAGGGCACUCACCAUGCCUUUCAACCUUCCAAAUUAAAGGCUAUAGUUGCCAGUAAGGCCAGUCAGUUUACAGGUUAUGCGCAGCACGAUGCUCAGGAGUUCAUGGCUUUUCUUCUGGAUGGACUCCAUGAGGACUUGAACCGCAUCCAGAACAAACCUUACACAGAGACCGUUGAUUCAGACGGCCGGCAGGACGAGGUUGUUGCAGAAGAGGCGUGGCAGAGGCAUAAAAUGAGGAACGAUUCCUUCAUUGUUGACCUCUUUCAGGGCCAGUACAAGUCAAAGCUGGUGUGCCCGGUGUGCUCGAAGGUUUCCAUAACCUUCGAUCCCUUCCUUUACUUGCCUGUUCCCCUACCUCAAAAACAGAAGGUGCUGACUGUUUUUUAUUUAGCUAAAGAGCCUCACAAGAAACCAGUCAAGUUUCUGGUCAGUGUGAGUAAGGAGAACUCAAGCACGAGUGAAGUACUGGAGUCAAUAUCUUGCAGCGUGAGGAUCAAACCAGAGAAUCUGAGACUGACAGAGGUAGUGAAAAACAGAUUCCACAGGAUCUUCUCACCAUCUCACUCCUUGGACACAGUCUCAUCUAAUGACCUGCUCUUCUGCUUUGAGGUGCUGUCUAAAGAUCUCGCCAAAGAGAGGGUGGUGCUCCUGAAGGUCCAACAGAGACCUCAGGUUCCCAGCAUCCCAAUCACAAAGUGUGCCGGCUGCUUGAAGCCUCCUGCCUCUGACGACGAGAAGCUCAGGCGCUGUACACGCUGCUAUCGUGUGGGCUACUGCAAUCAGGCCUGUCAGAAGAACCACUGGCCCAAUCACAAGACCUUGUGCCGGCCCAACGUGGAGAAUAUUGGACUGCCGUUUUUAAUCAGUGUGCCUGAGUCCAGGCUUACUUACACUCGCCUUACGCAGCUUCUGGAAGGCUUCUCCAGGUACUCUGUCAAUGUGUUCCAGCCACCUUUCCAGUCCGGUCGGACGUCCCCAGAGGCCAGCCUGUCCCGUGUUGACCUGACCUCCAUGGCCAGCAGCGUCUCAGAGGAGCUGGAGGAGACGCCAUCCGCAGGAGAAAUUGAGAACCAAGUAGAGCAGUGUGAAUCUGUCGCUGCCCCGCACACAGAGACCGCAUCCUCACUCCCCACAGCAGAUGGAGACGCCGCCUCCACAUACACCGGUGACUCCGGCUGUUGUGAGCUCGCCUCCAGCUCCCAAGAUUCUUUGGUGGAAAAGGAAACAUCAUGCGAGAAAGCUGUUAAACCGGAAGCUGUAGUAACCGGCUAUCAGCAGCCAUCGGAGUCUGGAAGCGGAAGUGCCUCUCAAUUCUACAUCUCCAUUUUGGAUUCAAAGGAGGACAAAAAACUCGAGGACAAAGACGAUGACGUUUUGGAGCUGCCAGAUGACUGCACGCUGGAGCUGGUGUGGAAGAACAACGAACGCUUGAAGGAAUAUGUGCUGGUGCGUUCUAAGGAGCUGGAGUAUGAUGAAGACCCAAGCUCUGCGUCAGAGACCGCCAGGGCAGGACACUUCACUUUGGAGCAAUGCCUGAACCUCUUCACCAAACCUGAGGUGCUAGCCCCCGAGGAGGCCUGGUAUUGUCCCAAAUGUCAACAACACAGGGAGGCUUCCAAACAGCUGCUUUUGUGGCGUCUACCCAACGUGCUCAUCAUCCAGCUCAAACGUUUCUCAUUCAGGAGCUUCAUCUGGAGAGACAAGAUAAAUGACAUGGUCGAUUUCCCAGUCAGAAACUUGGACCUGAGUAAGUUCUGCAUCGGUCAUAAAGAAGACAUCCAGCAGCCUCCCGUCUACGACCUCUACGCUGUCAUCAACCACUAUGGCGGAAUGAUCGGAGGACACUACACGGCCUAUGCUCGGCUCCCCAGCGACAAGAACAGCCAGCGCAGCGACGUCGGCUGGCGUUUGUUUGACGACAGCACAGUGACGACGGUGGAGGAGAGUCAGGUGGUGACGCGUUACGCGUACGUGCUGUUCUACAGACGCAGGAACUCUCCGGUAGAGAGGCCUUCUCGUCUGCUCAGGCCACACGGUGCCGAAUCUUCCGCUGCCACAGGUGGCGCUGCCAGUCAGGCGUCUCUGAUAUGGCAGGAACUGGAGGAGGACGAGGAGGGGCAGCGAGAAGCCUCUUUUAGAAGCUUGUUCCGCCCCGGUCUGCGUGGAAGAAGAGCCAGGACGAGGCUGAACGCAGAGGAGGAGGCCAGGGGAGGGCUGUCUCGCCGGAGACGAGAUGCCGUCUCGGAUAACACGGACAGUGACCGUCUAAGAUAUUUCAUCCUGGGCACUGUGGCAGCAGUCCUUGCAUUGCUGUUCAACUUCAUUUAUCCUUUGUUAUACAGGUCUAACCGGGGUUAACUCACUACGGCUAAAGACCGUAACUAACUUGUAAAUGCAAUCGCAGCUGUAACAAAAGAUUUGCACUUUACAUUUUUUACGUAACUUCGUAGUGUAUCAUUUAUUUACAUAUUGAUUUUGCUGUUGGGCAUCUUUGUUUCUAAUGAUGACGUUAAACCUCUGUUUAUUUUAGGAGUCUAAUAGAUCAUCAUUUGUUCACAUCUAAGCUAUCUCAGUUUUGUUUGUUGCAACAGGUCAAGUGGCAAGUUUAAGAGAAUGUUGAAAUUGAAAAACACUCAGGAAAUCUUUUUUAUGAAGGUUCAACUAUAAGCAACAUUAACGUACUUGAUGUAUACUUUUAAUGGAUGUUAACCAUUAUCAGAGAAGUUGGAAGUGCUUAAUCUGCUUUUCGUCAGAUGUUUGAUUGUUAUUUCGCUUAGCAUCAUGUAUCUGUGUUCUGUAUGUUCAGAACAGAAUUGAAAUUCCUUUAAAAACGUGAAGGGCAUAGCCAUUGAACACACUUUUUCCUAUAAACUGUUUUAUGUCAGGGCUUAGUUGAAGUAAAGCUAAAAUCAGUGCAUUUUAUUUCAAAGAGAAUAGUCGUGGUAAUCUGUCAUUAAAAUGUUUUAACGUACUUCACCUCUGCAAUGAUUUGGCUGAGGUCACCUGGGUUUGUUUGGUGGAGAAAACUAAUGUUAACCAAUAGCCAUAAAGCGGUUUAGGUAUUGUUUUAUGCUACUGUGUUCUAGGGUAGAGCUCCUAUUUUCUCCAAUAGAUGAAAUGAAGUCUUUCGUCAUUGCAUUUUGUUUUUCAGAAUGUUACUUGGUAUUUUGGUAUAAAUCUUUGCUACUGAAAGGGACAUUUCACCCAAAAAUGAAAAUGUUGUCAUUUAUUUACCCUCAUGUCAUUCAUGUAUAUGAUUCUAUUGUAAAGAAUACAACAGCAGGUGGUUUUGUCUCCAUACAGCGGAGGUUAAUGGAGACCAGUGUUGUUUGGUUAUAAACACUCUUCAGAAUAUCUUCUUUUGUGUUCUGCAGAAGAAAGAAAGUCACACAGGUUAGGAAUGACAUGAGGGUGACUAAAUGAUGAAAGAAUUUUUAUUAAAAUAAUUACAUUUUAAAUGCAUUAAGAAAUUACUUUUUAAAGCAUUGUUUAAUGUAGGCAUAUUCACACAUUUUAACCACUUAAGUGCUUUUCUGAUUAAUUGUCUGAGAAAGUUGAUCCGAGAUGUUUUGUUUUCCUGGCAUUUUAUAUUACUGUUUUUUUUCUGUCAGUGAGUGCAUUACUCGGAGUGAGUUUUUCUGUUCUCUGAUAUUGAUCCAGCGCUUAGUUGCACGUGCUGUAUAAUGAGAGGAGAUCCACAUGUAAGAUGAAUGCUACUUUGUUGGGAUGUGGCAGUUCCAAGAUGCUGGUGGUAUAUAAGGGUUUACUAGGCUGUCCACACUACAAAGCCUGAAAAUAUUUUGGCUUCUGUGAAUGCCUCUGGUGAUAUUAAGCCACUUCAUUGGACACACUGACCAAAAUAAAACCAUAUGAUGUACUGUUAUACCUUGUAAGGUCAUACGUCCAUUGUUGCUAAUUAUUUUCAGGAUGGUUGUUUCUUCAAGGAAUUCAAGUAACUGUCAAAUGAAAUGUUACUGCUUGAAUUGAAAAUCUUUUUGCAGUUUUUGAUCAAGGGCACCAGCACAAUAUAAAGACCGUGUUCAUGUAUGUAAUCACGUGCCAUGGAUAGGUUCAUAUUUAAGCAGUACUUGAACAGGCUUGGGGUUAUGUUUUCUUUUAUUAUUUAAAUCUAGUGGAUAAAAUGACUAAAUGUUAUUUGUGCUGCACCACAAAUUGUCCCAGCAAUAAAUGAAACUGAUUUUGGAGAUAUAAUUUAAAAUGCUGCUCAGUUGUAAAGGUGCCUGUACUACCGCCUUCAAUAAAAAUGUAACAUCA